UACGUUUCCACUCAAUGGCACGGGCAAUCCAGCACCGCAAGCGGCCGUCCGCAGCCACGACUGCCUCCCAUGGCAAGCAGCCGCCAACCCCUUCGACAUCACCACCGAGAAGCGAGUUAUUUGGCUACUUGAGUAUGCUGGCACUGUCGCUUCAGUUUGGCCUACAACCUCUGCUCAAUCGGGCGUAUGCCGGGACCAUUCGCAGCAAUGCCGUCAUGGUGAUCGUGUGCGAAAGCUGCAAGCUCGUCCUUGCGGUGCUCGCAAUCAGCGUCAAGCUUCGCACCAACCCGACGUUUCUCUCUUCUUGGAACCUCAUCGACAGUCUCAAGUUCUCGGGGCUUCCCGCCUGCACGUACGCCGUCCAAAACGUGCUGAUCCAAGUGGCCAUGCAGCAUCUGUCUCCGCUCGAGUUCAACCUGAUCAACCAGUCCAAGCUGAUAUGGACGGCUGUGUUUGUGUACUUCCUCCUUCACCGCCGCUUCACCCUCGUUCAAUGUAUUGCCAUGGCCAUGCUCAUGGCUGCGUCUCUCCUCCUCUCCGCGGGUGGCAGCGGCAGUAGUGGCGACCACAGUGACAUGUCUUCCACCGACCGCUUCUACUCUGGCUUUGUGCCCGUGCUCGUGGCGAGCGUGCUGUCUGGGUUCGGAGCUGCACUCACCCAGCUCUCGCUCCAAACUCACGCCAGGGACGCGUCGCUGGUCACGGCCGAGCUGUGUGUGUAUGGCUCCCUCUUCCUCUUGGCCAAUAUGCUGCUUCAGUCGCCCUCCGCCACGUCGCUGUCGUUUGACGGGUGGACCAUAUACACGCUCAUUCCGGUUGUGUCGACUGCCACCGGUGGCCUCCUCGUCGGCGCGGUACACUUUGUGUAGAAUCACGGAUGCAGCAAACUGACAUGGGAAUAGGUGACACAGUUUGCAGGCGGGGUCAUGAAAUCGUACUCCCUCAUCGGAGGCAUCGCACUCACGGGGGUGCUGGAGUCCAUAUUGUACCAGAAAGCGCUCACCAACGACCUGUACAUUGCGUCGGGGCUUGUGGUAGCGAGUAUGUACCUUUACAGCUCUUACCCAUACGUGGCGCCCCCCACAACCCCUAAGACUAAACAGCAGUAAUAAACGCACCUAGAACUACGCUAUCAUAUAGGAA